AUGACACAAUUACUCCGAGCUCCCCUGAGCGCGUUCGUGUUGCUCACAUUUGCACUCAACACAUCAGCACAUGGCGGCGGCGACCACUCACAGAUCGUGGUCGCGCCAGACGCAGAUUGGGCGACUCGACACAUGGCUGAGGAGCAUCACAUCUCCGGCUUCGAUGCAGCGACCUUCUUCAGCCUCCACGACUACGACAGCACCGGCGUCUGGACAGCGCCGGACAUCCGACGCACCUACGGCCUCUCCGACCCCUCCAGCGCCGGAAUCAGCGAAACAAAGAAGGAAAUGGUCGUGCAAACCAUCCUCGACAUGUUCGACAUCGACAAGAACGGCGAAAUCUCGCUUCAGGAAUUCCAAACGAAGGACAGCCAGAACACCAAGCUGCCUGAUUUCGGCUUCGGGCCAGGACAUCACGGCGACGAUGAGUACGAGUAUGAGAUUCAUCAUUGGGAGAAGUACCACUCGGGCGAUGAUGUGAAAGAGGAGGAUCUUACGCAUCCGGAGGAUAUUGAGCAUUUCAAGUUGCAUGAGCAGAAGGAGCAGCAGCAGGAGGAGUGGGAGAGGUUGGAGAGGGGUAUUGUGGAGAAGAAUAUUCCGGCGAAGUACAGGCGGAAUUAG